UAAAGACCCAUCGCUAAAUCAAAACACUGGUUUGUUGUUUUACCGAAGACCUGAAUUAACAACAAAAUUCCAAAGCUGUGGGCCGUCAACAUGUCGCUUACAAUGCGAAUUUUCAAUGCAUCGCGCAAUGGUCAGCGCAUGUUUGGGACCCAAGGAGCUCGCAUGCUGGCCGCUAAAAGGACCGAGCCCAAAGACAUUGUCGAGGUGCAAAAGGGCUAUGUGUACGUUAACAACAAGGAGCUGAGCAUGGAAUUUGAGGAUAUCACAGAUCGUGCAGCCACCACCAUGUUCUUUGGUGAACUUUUCCGUGGCUUUGGCGUCACUCUAGCCCACAUCUUUAAAGAACCGGCUACUAUUAAUUAUCCAUUUGAAAAAGGUCCAUUGAGUCCCCGUUUCCGUGGCGAGCAUGCCCUUCGUCGCUAUCCCAGCGGCGAGGAGCGUUGCAUUGCCUGCAAGUUGUGCGAAGCUAUUUGCCCCGCCCAGGCUAUAACCAUUGAAGCAGAAGAGCGUGCUGAUGGCAGCAGGCGUACCACACGCUACGAUAUUGAUAUGACAAAAUGCAUCUACUGCGGAUUCUGUCAGGAAGCUUGUCCCGUGGACGCCAUUGUCGAAGGACCCAAUUUUGAAUUCUCCACCGAGACUCACGAGGAGCUGCUGUACAACAAGGAGAAAUUACUGUGCAAUGGGGACAAAUGGGAAUCGGAAAUAGCCUCCAAUCUGCAGGCUGAUCAUUUGUAUCGUUAAAAUUAGAAAGAUUAUUUGUUUAGAACGUUUUUCCAAUUAAAAAGAAAAACCCAGAAUGGGUCUUAAGUGAAGCAAA